ACGUUUUAAGUCUAUAUUCUUUGGAGUUUCUGCAAUGAAUGUAUAUAAUGUUCACGUUCUCUUAGGUCUAAUUAAUAAUGUUUUUUUUUUGUUUAUUUAGCCUACUCUUUUGCCAGCGUUGGAAGAUGGGCCGUUUCUGCCACAUCGUGUUGCUGUUGAUCUGUCUGUGUGUCAAGAGGGAGUUCGCGGGAGAGUCUCAGCUGAUUGGUUCACCUGACCCCAUCGUUGCUGUAGCUUGUGAUGAUGUCAUCCUGCCGUGUUCCCUGGAACCUUCCAUCAAUGCAGAGUUCCUGACAGUGGAGUGGUCCAGAUCUGACCUGAAAACUGGAUAUGUACAUUUAUACAGGGAUGGCCGUAACGAUAAUGACGACCAGAAUCUGUCUUACGAGGACAGGACAAUGCUGUUUAAAGGAGAACUGGUCAAGGGCAACGUCUCCCUGAAACUCUUCAGAGUGAAGCAGGAUGAUGAGGGGAGAUACAUCUGCCAUGUUGUUAAGGACGGGCCGGUUAAGAAGACUGUCAUCCAGCUCAAAGUUGUGGUGGUUUCUAAACCAGAGGUAUCCAUCAUGGAACACAUCGGCACAGGGGUGGUUCUCCAGUGUGUGUCUGGAGGCUGGUACCCAGAACCUGAGCUGGAGUGGAGGGACAGUGAGGGACGCCUCCUCCCUGCUGAUGUCACACACAGACACCCUGACCCCGGCCCUCACCAACGCUACACUGUGAGAAGCAACGUGACUGUACAGAAGACAGACAACAACAGGUUCACCUGCAGAGUUCUGCUGCAGAGCAACCAGCUCAGGGAGACAGAGAUCAAUGUUUCUGAUCAAAUGCUUCUUAAGUCAGAAGUUCCUCAGACUGGAACUAAUUUGCCAAUAUGGUGUGUUUUGUGGGCAUCCUGCUGCUGCUGCUGCUGCUUCUGGAGCUGCCAAUGAUGUGGAGAAGAUUAUUAUUAUACAUUAUUCUUCAGGUGCCAGUUUGUUAAUAAUAUGGACGCCAGAAGCAAACGUUUCUAGUCAGGAGAACAGGAUCUCUGACCACUGAAACACUGUUAGAACUCUGUAUUUCUGAUCUUCUGCUGUACUUAAUGCCCUUUUUUACGUUGCUGUGAUACAAGUGUCAGAACAUGUAAAUGAUACAGUUAUCACAGAAUAAUACCUUAUCUCAGCUUGUAUUAAAUCUACCAGUUUUUUGAUUUAGCAUCUUACAUAGGUGAUUCAGCACGGGCACUGAAUUAAUAGAAGUUGUAUAGACUUGUGACGUACACCAAGGACUUACAGCCCCUAGAAAAACCUCCUAUCGUAUCACAUAUAUGAUCUCUGUUUGGUGUAUGUAGUAUGUAUGUUAAUUGUUAUGAAUCAAACAAAAAACAAAUUCCAGCAGUGUGCUUCCCAUCACCUCCAGCUACUGAUUUUUCAUGUAUUCAGAUGUAGUAUGUUAGUGGAGGUUCCAACAGUAUUCCAGCUGUCUGCCACUGUAAAUCU